ACGGCCAAGGUCUUGCCGCACUCACUCAGCAUCGCCUCUGUCCUCUUUUGUCAUGCUAAACUGGUCGGGCACAGAGAGGACCGACCGCGCAUCAUUCUCCUCCUGAUGCUUCGUCAAUGGGACACUAAAUAAAGGGUGUACUCUUUGUCUGGUAAAUCUUUUUUUCUGUUUCAACCAACCAGAAGAGGCAAAUCACAUGAAGAACAUGCUGCCAGAAAAGACUGCAGGACCCGCACUGUCCCUCAGCACGGACACAACAAAGUUUCAUUCCAAUGGCGGCACAUUGGUUGGAUCCUGUGUUCGUGGCACACGCUCCAAGGCAGAGCUUCAGGAGUUGAUGGAGAGCUUGCAGCGCAGAAAGUCCGCUCUGGAGGCCAGCUUAAAGGCUACUUCAGACCGCGGUUACCUCACUUUGUCCCCCCCUCCCAGUCCCCAAUCAGCUUCCUCCUAUCUACAGGACCGUCCACCCCUUUCUAUUCGAGUUCCCUCCCCUUACACACCCUCCAGCAGCCUGAGCAUGCCACCAUCACCCCACCAAUCAGAGCGCCCCAUAAGUCCAGUCCCAAGCCAAACCCGUGGCCGGCACCAAUGGCAGGACAACCUGUUGAUUUGCCACCCUUUAGAAGGACGAAAUCCCAACACUGCCAGCUCACUCCUUUCUAUGUGGAACGGCUCUUCUUCCUCCUACAUGACUGAUGCUCUUCCUUCAUCCCGCCGAGGUCCAAGUGGUGCAGCCAGCAUGCCCUCCAGCCCUCGCUUGGGGCGCAGACUGCUAACACGAGAUGGGGAGUCCACUGUUGAACCAUUGCUCCGCCAAAGGAAAUACUCCACCGGCUCUCUGAAUGGCCUGGGGGGACAUAGUCUCUCUCUGCCCAGGUUGUAUCGAGGAGACGCCCCAGUGCUUUCUUUGCCACCCCGGCGUAGCACCAAACCACGCCGCAGCCUCCCAUCCUUGGAGAAACCACCAGAUGUGACUGUGAUAGCCAACGUGACCAGCAGUUCUCGCAGGGCCAGCCUUUGCUCUGUGGGAUCUGCCCCAUGUUUGGAUCUAGGAGUAGGAGAAAGGCGGUUGUCAUUUGGUAAAGGAGGCCUGGGGCCUGGCAUGGGGCCGAGAAGGGGCAGUAUCAGUUCUCUCAGUGGAAAAGAAGAGCUCAGAGAUUAUCAUCAGAGACAAAGAGAUGAGAGACUUCGAGAACAGGAAGUGGAAAGACUGGAGCGCCAGCGUCUUGAGACCAUCCUGUCCCUGUGCUCUGAGCUGGGCCGGUCUGAUCUGUGCCAGAUGGAGACUGAUUCGGGUGUCUCAGCUGUGUCGGACCUGCAGAAGAUCAACCGAGAGCUGGAGAAGCUGCAGGUGUCUGAUGAUGAGUCUGUGUUCUCAGACUCUGCAGCAGUGUCUCUGGAUAGUGGGUAUCUGGGUAAGGGUCGGAUAGAGAUACUGACUCAGAGACAGCGCAGACUCAGCGGACACAGGGAGACCAGGCCCCAGUCACCCACCACUAGCCUACGAAGCUCAGCCCCCUCGCCCUCUCCACAUCUCCGCAGCAAGCAGGUAUCUGAAGACAGGCAGCUGAGGCAGGAAGUGACACGUAUAGAAGAGGAGAGGAUUCAGGUGUUUAACAACAUCGAGGAACUUGAACAGAAGAUCCGAGAUCUAGACACACAGAUGGACGAGUCUAUCAGAGAGAUGGAGGUGGAGAGAGCUCUUUUAGAUGGUGAGCAGGAGGCAGAGGUCACUCAGCUACAGAGCGAUAAAGAAAUGCUGGAGCAGCUCAACCAAAAAAUGGGGAACAUGGAGAAAAAUGCUCAAAGAAAUCAUACUCGGGACAAAGCCUGGUUGGAGGCUGAGAGAGUUAAAGUAGAGAGGCUAGCUGAGCUGAUUUCAGAGCAGAAGACCCAGUUGGACACCUGUCCUGAAGCACUGAAGGAGCAGCUACAGAUUCAGCUAUCCAGGCUCUGGAAAUACCAUUUUUUCUUGUUGGACACUGAAGCUUUAGAAGCGGAAACAAAGCGUUUUGAAGAUUUGGAGUUUCAGCAGCUGGAAAAAGAGAGCCGUCAAGAUGAAGAGAAGGAGACGCAGACGCAGCAACUCCUCAGAGAGAUUGCAGAAUAUCAGAGAUCUGUUGUCACUCGCAAGGAGAGGCUACUUACCCUGAAGAAGCAGUCGACCCAGAUUACCCAGCAGGCACAGCGGGAAAAGGAGAACUUCUUGAAAGAGAAGAGCAACCUCAUUUAUAUGCUGCAAAGGGAACGGGAAAACCUUUCAUCUUUAGAGAGGAAGUACUCUGAGCUGACAGGUGGCCAGGCAUUUCCUCUUAACCCUGUGUCCAUGAAGGAGCACUUUCGCUCUCUGGAGGAGAGGAGGCGGAGUAAUUGCAGUAAAGAGGGCGGAGUUCUGCUGAGUGACAGUGGAAUGUCCCGUAAAAGAGAGAGGCAGAGCUCUGGAACCUUAAACUCUGCCCUUAAUCGCAGUCUGUCUCCCAAGGUCAGACAACAGAUACGGCACAUCGGAAAACCCCAUAUGCCGCUGUCUCAAAGCUCUAGCUGUGGUAGUGUACUUCCCCGCACCCUGUCUGUCACCUCCCGUGAUCUGGACACUCGCCGCCUGCUCAAGGCAGGUCAAAUGUAUCUGAAUGACGAGAGGCAGAGAAUGAGUGAGAUGUCCAAUAGAACGGUUUCUGAGACAAAUGUCUUCCUGGAGCCGUUCCACUACCUGGAUAACGGACACAACUUUGACACAAUGAGCGUGGACAGUACAGAAAGCUUGGAGACCAGCAUUUCCGCCUGUUCACCAGACAACAUCUCAAACGCUAGCACAGCUAACAUGGCAAAGAUAGAGGAGAUGGAGCGCAUGCUAAGAGAAGCUCAAGCUGAGAAGAACAGACUGCUGGAUCACAGGGAGCGGGAGAUGGAGUUGCGCCGACAGGCUCUUGAAGACGAGAGAAGGAGGAGGGAGGACUUGGAAAGGAGACUGCAGGAAGAGACAAACCGCCGACAGAAACUAGUGGAGAGAGAGUCUCGUCCUUUGACACGUUAUCUCCCAGUGAGAAAGGAUGAAUUCGACCUGAGAGGUCACAUCGAAGCAGCGGGUCACCAUCCUGAAACUUGUUUUCACCUAGCCAUCACUGAGAAGACCUGCAGGGGGUUCUUGGUCAAAAUGGGUGGAAAAAUCAAAACAUGGAAGAAGCGCUGGUUCGUCUUUGACCGCAAUCGAAGGACGUUGGCAUAUUAUGCUGAUAAACAUGAGACCAAAAUGAAGGGUGUUAUCUACUUCCAAGCCAUUGAGGAAGUGUAUUACGACCACCUAAAGAACGCACACAAGAGCCCAAACACCUCCCUGACGUUUAGUGUGAAGACGCAUGACCGGGUUUAUUACAUGGUGGCUCCUUCCCCAGAAGCCAUGAGAAUCUGGAUGGAUGUUAUCGUCACUGGAGCGGAGGGAUAUACACACUUCCUGGUGUGAGC